AUGAGAAUCAAUCCUACUACUUCUGGUUCUGGGGUUUCCACGCUUGAAAAAAAAAACCUGGGGCGUGUCGUCCAAAUCAUCGGUCCGGUACUAGAUGUAGCCUUUCCCCCGGGCAAGAUGCCGAAUAUUUAUAACGCUCUGGUAGUUCAAGGUCGAGAUAGUGUUGAUCAACCAAUUAAUGUGGCUUGUGAGGUACAGCAAUUAUUAGGAAAUAAUCGAGUUAGGGCUGUAGCUAUGAGUGCUACAGAGGGUCUAACGAGAGGAAUGGAAGUGAUUGACACAGGAGCUCCUAUAAGUGUUCCGGUCGGGGGAGCGACUCUGGGACGAAUUUUUAACGUGCUCGGAGAGCCUGUUGAUAAUUUAGGGCCUGUAGAUACUAGUACAAUGUCUCCUAUUCAUAGAUCUGCGCCCGCCUUUAUACAGUUGGAUACAAAAUUAUCUAUUUUUGAAACAGGAAUUAAAGUAGUAGAUCUUUUAGCCCCUUAUCGCCGUGGAGGAAAAAUCGGACUAUUCGGGGGAGCUGGAGUGGGUAAAACAGUACUCAUUAUGGAAUUGAUUAACAAUAUUGCUAAAGCUCACGGGGGCGUAUCCGUAUUUGGCGGAGUGGGUGAACGUACUCGGGAAGGAAAUGAUCUUUACAUGGAAAUGAAAGAAUCUGGAGUGAUUAAUGAAGAAAAUUUUGCAGAAUCAAAGGUGGCCCUAGUUUACGGUCAGAUGAAUGAACCGCCGGGAGCUCGUAUGAGAGUUGGUUUGACUGCCCUAACUAUGGCGGAAUAUUUCCGAGAUGUUAAUGAGCAAGACGUACUUCUAUUUAUUGACAAUAUCUUCCGUUUCGUCCAAGCAGGAUCCGAAGUAUCGGCCUUAUUGGGUAGAAUGCCUUCCGCUGUGGGUUAUCAACCGACCCUGAGUACCGAAAUGGGUUCUUUACAAGAAAGAAUUACUUCUACCAAAGAAGGGUCCAUAACCUCUAUUCAAGCAGUUUAUGUACCCGCAGACGAUUUGACUGACCCUGCCCCUGCUACGACAUUUGCACAUUUAGAUGCUACUACCGUACUAUCAAGAGGAUUGGCUGCCAAAGGUAUUUAUCCAGCAGUAGAUCCUUUAGAUUCAACGUCAACCAUGCUUCAACCUCGGAUCGUUGGUGAGGAACAUUACGAAACCGCCCAAAGAGUUAAGCAAACUUUACAACGUUACAAAGAACUUCAGGACAUUAUAGCUAUCCUUGGAUUGGACGAAUUGUCCGAAGAGGAUCGUUUACUCGUAGCAAGAGCGCGAAAAAUUGAGCGUUUCUUAUCACAACCCUUUUUCGUAGCAGAAGUAUUUACCGGUUCUCCAGGGAAAUAUGUUGGUCUAGCAGAAACAAUUCGAGGAUUUCAAUUGAUCCUUUCCGGAGAAUUAGAUGGUCUUCCUGAACAGGCCUUUUAUUUGGUAGGUAAUAUCGAUGAAGCUACCGCGAAGGCUAUGAACUUAGAAAUGGAGAGCAAUUUGAAGAAAUGA